AAACUUAAUCUCGACCACCAUCUUCACCAAUAAUAUUUCUGACUCACUCACUCCAAAACUUACAGCUCUGAACCGAAAAAAUGGCAGCAACCAUGGCGACCGCAUCAACCGUGAUGGGGCUGGGCAGUUCCUCCCUCUCACCAAGCAGGACAUGCCUCUCUUCAGGCUUUGUGAAGCCUAUUGUGGUUGGCAACCCUCUGAGGCAAGAUAGGGCUUCUGGAGGAAGGUUCACAUGUAGCUUUCAGAGAGAUUGGCUGCGGAGGGAUCUGAAUGUGAUUGGGUUUGGGUUGAUCGGAUGGUUGGCUCCGUCGAGCAUACCAUUAAUCGGAGGUAAGAGUUUGACUGGGCUCUUCUUUGAGAGCAUUGGUGCUGAGCUCGCUCACUUCCCCUCACCUCCUGCUCUCACUUCUCAAUUUUGGUUGUGGCUGAUAACAUGGCACCUGGGGCUUUUCAUCACCCUUACCUUUGGGCAGAUUGGCUUCAAGGGGAGGACUGAAGAUUACUUUGAAAAAUGAUCCAUUUUUAAUUAGUUUUUGUAAAAUCUAUAUAUAUGCUUAAUGUUCAGUUAUCUCAAUUUCUUUUCCUUUCGUCUCGUACUGUAACUGCACAACUUAAUCCUCCUGAAUCAAUAUUGUGUACCUUUGUGUAAAUAAAUAUGUAUUCAAGUCUGUCUACUGACAGUAAA